AUGAAACCGUCAUCAAAGAGUCUUCCGCUCAAACAAAGAAGUGAGGAAACACCCCGAGAGACGCAGAUUUCAACGUUCAACAAGCAUAUUUACAGGUACAGCUACAAUUUAGGAAUGCCUAACUUAGGCACUCGCCGAAAAGGAAAUGCUGCGAUCUUCCCUGCAAACGAAGAUGUUAGAUUACAGAAAAACACCUUAGAAAUAUUGCCUCAGAGUAGCUGCGAUAAUCACCAAAAGACGAGUGCAACUCCUACUUUCAUAGACGUUGCUCCUGCGUCAAAAAUUGAUAUCGAACGGAAAAACCCUUUCAAAAUUCGAGAAGUA